GUGACGCGUUGCUCCUCCCUCCGGUAUUCCUGGUUUCGGCCGAGCGAGCUGAGCCGGGCUGUUUGGCCAAGUGCGGGCAGUUGCAGCGUGCCACCGAACCAGACUGUUGAACCUGUCACUGCCGCCCCAGGCGCCGUUACCCAGCACCCCAGACCUCGACUCCUUUCGGCUCGGCCCGCGCGCCCCAGGCCCUGCCCGGGCGGCGCGACGGGAGGAUGAGCGGCGGGCGGCGGAAGGAGGAGCCGUCACAGCCGCAGCUGGCCAACGGGGCCCUCAAAGUCUCUGUCUGGAGCAAGGUGCUGCGGAGCGACGCGGCCUGGGAGGACAAGGAUGAAUUUUUAGAUGUGAUCUAUUGGUUCCGACAGAUCAUCGCUGUGGUCCUAGGUGUCAUUUGGGGAGUGUUACCAUUGCGAGGUUUUUUGGGAAUAGCAGGAUUCUGCCUGAUCAAUGCAGGGGUCCUGUACCUCUACUUCAGCAACUACCUACAGAUAGAUGAGGAGGAAUACGGUGGCACAUGGGAGCUCACAAAAGAAGGGUUUAUGACAUCUUUUGCCUUGUUCAUGGUCAUCUGGAUCAUAUUUUACACUGCCAUCCACUAUGACUGAUGGCGUAUUGGUCCCUGUCCGGUCCAAAGGACCCUCUUAGUUACAGCACAGAAACAUGAUUAUAGGGGUACCCCCAGCCACAUGGAACCUGGAAGACCAUGUUUCCUGGACCGAGAAUCAGUGUGUUGGGCGUCAGUUUUCUGCAAGAGUUGUGACCUGAAACUUUUUAAAGAACCAUCCAUCUUUUGGGGAAGGAUUUCUGAAUUGUCCAUCACCAACCAUUUCUUCUUGGAUACCAUCGUGAAACACCUGUUUGCCGAUUGGAGCUGUUGUUUAAGUUGAGGCACCUCUGGAUCCAGAUGAAACAUUAAAUUGUCUUCCUCACUUCUCCAUCAGGUGUACAGUUUUUAAACUAUCAAUGGCAAUUCAAGUCUUCUGAAAACAGUAUGGCAGUAUGUGUGUGGUCCAUAACACAGUACAAGCAGCAUCUAAUAAGUUUCCAUUGUGGAAUAUUUUCAGAUACUUGAAUAAAUCAGAUCUUUAAUUGA